AUGACUCUCCGGUCACGUUUUCUUGGCGGCAUAAAUCCGCCAAUGUUGCCUAAGCUUUCACAGCCACCGCCAGGGAAGGAGACACCUCCAGUAGAAAGCCAACAACUUGACUCAGAUUUUAUAGUGAUACUAGCGGCACUUCUCUGCGCGCUAAUCUGCGUUCUGGGCCUUGUCGCAGUCGCCCGCUGCGCUUGGAUCCGCCGCAUUUCCGGUAGUAACGCAGCUGUUCCGCCCUCAUCUCAGGCUGCAGCCAACAAGGGCCUGAAGAAGAAGGUCCUAAAAUCGCUCCCGAAGGUGACCUACGCUGCCAACGACGACAAGAUCGGAAAGUUAUCCGACUGCGCAAUUUGCUUGUCGGAGUUCGCCACUGGGGACGAAGUCCGAGUGCUUCCUCAGUGCGGCCAUGGCUUCCACGUUGCUUGCAUUGACACGUGGCUUGGAUCUCACUCCUCCUGCCCCUCUUGCCGCCAGAUUUUGGUUGUUACUCGGUGUCAGAAGUGCGGUAGCUUGCCAGAGGCCUGCUCUUCCUCCUCCUCCGCCACUGCCACUCGCAUGGGAGCUGAGUCUGAGCCAAGCUACAGGCAAAGAGAAGAUCUCAUCAACAGGUUUUUGCCUUGA